UCUUUUGCAACAAGAACUUUGCAGCCAGCUGACUGCCUCCUCCUUCGGAUAAACUGAAGCUGACCUCCUGUCUUGAGAAUGAAAACCUUGACUGUACUUCUGUGGUUGGCGUCUGUCAGUCAUGUUGCUGGAAACCUCUGUCGUGGGGUGAAGUGCGAGGUCGACUUCACAACAAUAGGAUGCUACAAAGAUACGUCCAACAGAGCUCUGCCCAAUUACAUAUACAACGAGCGUGAUCCCUCCAUCAAGAACUAUGGUGGUAGAAAGAUCGACUGGUUUAACUGGAACGAAUAUUAUCCGGGAUUUGCUUGCCGCUGUGCACAGAAGGCGAUGCAGUUAGGGUACGAUCUUUUCGGUCUUCAGUUUUACGGAGAGUGUUGGGCUGGUAACAGUAAUCAACAUGACUACAAAAAGCACGGGGCAGAUAUGAAAGGCUGUUUACAAGAUGACUAUCAGGAAUGCCAUGAAGGGUCACGCUUCUGUAUGGGUAAACAAUGGCGCAACAUGGUGUAUCGGAUUGAGGACACGAGCUGCCCUACGGUUGCUUUCGAGAGGGUUGGUUGUUUUAGAGAUCUCCACAGCAAAUUAGCCAGACCACUGCCAGAAUAUAUUUCCAACGAUCGAGACCCCACCGUAAAAACCGGAUUCAGUGGAAAGCGAAUUGAUUGGCGAAAUUGGGAUGUGUAUGUACCGGAUUUUGCCUGUAGGUGUGCAGCUAAAGCCAAAGCCAAGAAUUACACCUUCUUCGGCAUGCAAUUUUACGGAGAGUGCUGGAGCGGCCCAGACAGUCAUCUGACAUAUUAUAGAGAUGGAAUCAGUGGAAGUCGCUGUAUUGACCAAUGUUUCAUGCCCUGUACCAAAAGCAGUCCGUUCUGCUCUGGGACAGGCUUUGCCAACUACGUCUAUAGGAUAAGGGACGGCUCGUGUGAAGUAAAUAUCAGUCCUGUGGGUUGUUACAAAGAAAACAAAAAGAACCUCGCUAUGCCAGGUAUUUUCUAUAAUGAAGCGGCGCCAGACAAACCGAACUUCGCUGGAAAUAUGCUUCAGUUUAGUGAGAAGUAUGAAGUGGACUUCCCAGAAUUCCUCUGCAGAUGCGCACGUAAGGCACAAAUAAAUGGCUGGGAGUAUUUCGGAGUCAGGGAACUGGGUGAGUAACAGUCUCGCAAAAACGAAAGAAUAAACUCUUCCUCGUCAAAGAGGUCUUUCCAAUGAUGCUGAAUCGGAGAAUUUUUUGGGUUUGAAAUUUUCGAUUCCGGUAUUUUUUGGGGAGGAAAAUUUGACAAUGUUUUUUUUUUGGUGCGGUUUGCGGGAGGGUGGCUUGGUUUAAAUAGGGAUUUUUAGAGGGUAUUCAAAGCAAGUGAAAGGGGAAUUUGUUUCAGCCCAUUCAUUUUAAGACCUCAGUGGCUUCACGUGAACGCUAUCAGUUCUCUUCAUCACUAU